CAACGUUUUCUUUUAGGUCACUGCCGGGUGCCGAGCCGAAUCGGUGCUGCAAUGGAGGUGUCCGAGGCGGCACCGGCGGCCGCCGCCGCCGUGGAAGCAGAGGGCGGGAGCGGCGGGAAAGGAAGCUGGUACGUGCUGGGGGAGCGGGCGGUGCUGGUGCCCUACCUGCGGGAGCACGUGCCGCGGUACCACGAGUGGAUGCAGGACCCGGCGCUGCUGGAGGCCACCGCGUCGGAGCCCCUCUCACUCGACCAAGAGUUCGACGUGCACCGCUCAUGGACCCUUGAUCCCCUCAAGCAUACAUUCAUAGUGUUGGACAGGGAGUUGAUUGAGGGGGAGUUCGCGCCCGGCAAUCCGCAUACUGAAGCUAUGGUUGGUGAUGUGAACAUAUAUAUGAAUGACCCUGAUGAUAUGCAGCUUGCGGAGAUAGAGAUUAUGAUAGCUGAGCAUAAGAGUCGUGGGAAGGGAAUCGGUCAAGAAGCGAUAUUACUGAUGAUGGCAUUUGCAGUAGAGAAAUAUAGAAUUCACACAUUCAGAGCAAAAAUUAGUGAAUCAAAUAUGGCAUCCCUUAAGCUCUUCAGAAAGUUGGGCUUCAAAGAUGCUUCAUACAGUGCAGUGUUUAAGGAGGUGACUCUGGAGGCACCUGCUAAUGCACUCCCGUUGAGAUUUCCUCUAACCGUAGGAGAUUGGUGACAUCUGAUGUGGCCCGAGCUGUUGUCAUCUAACUCUCGAGCAUCUCUGAUUGGUUUUCAUGGAGCGAAGGGCGGAGCUAAUUCUGUGGGCUUGAACGAGAAACUGACUACUGUUUGUCUGUACUCUGGCUUAUGUCGUAUAAAUACUGGAUACACAGCAUCUUAGUUGAUUGUGUGUAACCAUUGCUAGCUCGAAUUCAGGCACUGGCAUCAUGGCAACACCGAACAAGCUGCACUAAUCUGCAGGCAGUACAUGGGGUUGAUUUUUACUUCUUUGUAAUGGUCACCGAUUAAAUUGUCUCAAAAAGGAAGUGAGAGACCAGUUGAUGUAACUGGUGUUUGUGCACAUGUUA